AUGCCCCCCUCCAUAAACCCCACCUCCUUCGCAACAACCCAACUCACCCUCCUGCAAGCCGAACAAACCGCCGAAAUAACAAGCAGUACUCUCUUCACCAGCAGCGCCAUCACCACCGCAUCCCCAUCUACCCGUCGCACGUUACAAGCAACAGGACACGCCCUGACGGGUAUUGUCCUCUCGCAGUGUAGAACGGGAGUAGGCGGUCGGGUGGUCGGGGAGUUUGUACCUGAUGCGGCUGUUACUUCUACUUCUAGUUCCAAGUCUGGGGGAAAUGGGAGCAGCGGUGAUGGGAAGUUGAGGUUAGGUGCGCAUGGGGUUAGGGUUGGGGAUGUGGUUAAGGUUGUUGAGAUUAGUUCGGGGGGUUCGGGAGGUGGUGGAGGGAAGAAGGGGAAAGAAGGGAAGGAGAAGGAUGGAAAGGGGGGUGGAGUAGAGGGGGUUGUUACGAGGGUCGGGGAGAGUGCGGUUUGGGUUGCGUUUGGGGGGAAGGAUGGUGGUAAAGGGAAGGAUGCUGAGGACGGGGUGGAGGAGUUGUGGGGGAGGAAGGUUUGGAUGAUCAAACUUGCCAAUGAUGUCACGUAUAGACGUAUGAAUCAGACCAUGGAGAAAAUGGUCAAAAUGGCCGAGUCCGAACAUACGCAUUUCAUGCGUGUUGCCUUCGGUCAUACCUCGCCUAUGCUGCCCGACUACGAUUCUAUAGGGGCUCUAGAGUUUACGGAUCCUACGUUGAACGACUCCCAGAAGGAGGCCAUUCGGUUUGCCCUGGCAGCACGUGAAAUUGCCCUCAUUCACGGCCCGCCCGGUACAGGCAAAACGCACACGCUGAUCGAGUUGAUCGUGCAGAUGGUGCAGCGCAAGCAGCGGGUGCUGGUCUGCGGCCCGUCGAACAUCUCCGUGGACAACAUUGUGGAGAGACUGGCGCCGAAGAAGGUCCCCGUGGUGCGCAUCGGACAUCCGGCGCGAUUGCUACCGUCAGUCCUGGAUCAUUCACUGGAAGUGCUCACGCACACGUCGGAGGCGGCGGCGAUUGUUCGCGACGUCCGCAAGGAGAUCGAUCAGAAGCAGGCGAGUAUCCGGAAGACCCGAGCCGCACGGGAGCGACGGGCCAUCUACGAUGAUCUGCGAGAACUGCGGCGCGAGUUCCGCGAGCGCGAGAACAAAUGCGUAGAGAAUCUGGUCCGUGAGAGCAGUGUGGUGCUGGCGACGCUGCAUGGAGCGGGCGGUCAUCAGCUAAAGAACCAAAAGUUCGAUGUGGUCAUCAUCGAUGAGGCGAGUCAGGCACUAGAGGCGCAGUGCUGGAUCCCGCUGUUGUCGGCAUCCAAGGUGGUCCUUGCUGGUGAUCAUUUGCAGCUGCCGCCGACCGUGAAGUCGACUAAAGAGAAUGCGAAAAAAGCGGCCAAAGAGAAGGAGGAUAAGAAAGAAAACGGAGAGUUGCUGGAGAAUGUGUCGCUGGAGACGACCCUGUUCGAUCGACUGCUAUCCAUGCACGGGCCUGGAAUCAAACGGAUGCUCACGACGCAGUACCGGAUGCACGAAAAGAUUAUGCAAUUUCCGUCGGACGAGUUGUAUGACUCGAAAUUAAUGGCUGCAGACUCUGUCAAGGAUCGACUGCUGAAGGACCUACCCUACGAAGUCGAGGAGACCGAUGACACCAAGGAGCCGCUGGUGUUCUGGGAUACGCAAGGUGGUGACUUCCCCGAAAAGACCGAGGAUGCGGAUCUGGGCAAGAAAGCCCACCUGGGCGAAAGUAAGAGCAAUGACAUGGAGGCGCUGGUAGUGAGCAGGCACGUCGAUGCUCUGGUGGACGCAGGGAUACACCCCGAAGACAUUGCGGUGAUUACGCCGUACAACGGUCAGCUGGCCGUACUGUCGCAGAUGCUGCGGGAGAAAUACCCUAGCAUUGAGCUGGGCAGCGUCGACGGGUUCCAAGGGCGGGAGAAGGAAGCGGUGGUGGUGAGUCUGGUGCGCAGCAAUAGCGAGCACGAAGUGGGAUUCUUGGGGGAACGGCGUCGUCUCAACGUGGCCAUGACGCGGCCGAAACGGCAUCUGUGCAUCUGCGGUGAUUCGGAGACGAUUAGCAAGGGCAGUGGCUUCCUUAAGCGAUGGAUGGCAUUCCUGGAGGAACAUGCCGAUUUGCGGUAUCCGGAUGCCGGCGAUCUGUUGUGA